UAGUAUAAUAGGCCCAUCACUCAUCUUCAAUACCAACCUCAAGGCUUCUUUUCCAAGAAACCCCAGCCAAUAUUGACAGGAGACGUUCGCACGGUAAUCAGGGAGCGGUCAUAUGAUUGAUCGUUGAUUUCAACGGUGACAGGCUCUUAUACUUCUCCGGUUUAGUUUUUUCAUCAAUAUUGGAACGAAAAUGCCGCUGACCAGGAGUAACAAACGGAAAUUGAUGUUGGAGGAAAACAAUGAUAAAGCUCCCGAAAAGUCGAAAGUGCCCAACAAUGAGCUGAGUCAAAAGCCGAAGGAGGGAACAGCCCCAUUGAGAAGCCUUGAAAAUCCCUGCCUGUCCUCCAAUACGUUGGCGUGGCCUGUGCCCCGUAGGAAAUCAUUCAGUGAGGAAAACCAGGAUAAAACUUCUGAAAAUUCGAAAUUGCCCUAUAAUGAGCUGAGUCAAAAGCCAAACGAGGGAACAGCCCCAUUGGGAAGCCUUAACAAGCCCCGGCUACGGUGGAUACCUCGUUAUUCUUCGAAAGGAAGCCAGCCUGUAGCCCCCGAGGAAGAGGGCGAAGUGAUGAAAUGUUUAACUGGAAAGGAGAUAGCAGAGUUUGCAUUAUGCAAAUACAACAACAGACAUGGAACCGACUUGGAGCUUGUGAGGGUUUUAGAUGGCAAGGAAAGGUUCAUGGCUGGCCCUGGUUGUCUUCUUGACUUUGCCGAUGGUCGUGCUCUUUGGAGACAUUUGAAUAUUGAGGCCAGGCGGCGCAGUGUGGAUCCAGAUGAUGAAAACUCACUUCUUUUGUUUGUUGAAUCAAUUUGCUCUCCAACAGAUACAUAUGAUCUUUCAACACUGUUGCUUGUUGCGCCUACAGAUAAGUUUAAUGGUUGUCAGAGAUGCUGGUCUUUCAUAAGCCAUCCUCGUUUUGGAUUUCGUGCUGGUUUUUAUCCAUGUAAUAAAUAUCUUCCUAGGCGGUCGUCCAGAUGCCAAAAAAUAAGUGUGGCCAGUGAUCCUAAGCUAUUGUCUGAAGAUGAUGCUGUCAAAUUGUCACAAUUUGCAUUGAAGGACUACAAUGAGAAACAUGGAACAAACUUGAAGUUUGAAAGGGCUUUCGGAUGCAACAGUUUUACUUGUGCUGGUCGUUUAAUGGACUUUACCGAGAAAAGUACACGUUGGGUGCAUGUGAACUUUGAGGCAAUGGUGGGUGAGAGUUGCAGGGAAAGAAUACGCCUUAUGUUUGCCGAGCUCUAUUUAGGGAACGAUGACAAAUACGUGCUUGCUACAUUGUUACCUGCGGAGCCUAAAGAACAUCGGGAGAAGACGAAUGGAUGUUGGCGAGAUGGUUACCCAGACAGUGAAUGCGCCAUUUGCCCGAACGAGAUCCGUCAUCCGUGGCGUGCUUAUCGUUAUUCUUUCAAUUAUCCACCACAUAUGGUGCCGUGGUAGUGUGAUGCAUCCAUAAUGGCUGCUCUCGUUAUUGUGUAGCUUUUGUGUGUGAGUGGUGUUUAUGCCUCAACAAACUUGGAAAACUUCGUUUGAGAGCUUUAUUCCCUAUAAAUAUGGAAUUGCACAAGAUAUUGUAAACUUGCUUCACUAUUGUGCUUUUCUCUGUGGUGUGUUUUAAUUUUAUUAUGCACUCGUGCCUCAUAACAUAUUUUGGAUUGUGUCCUGGCGCGUAUCUAUAAAUGUUGAAAACCCAACUGCAGUCUCUUUGUAUCAUGCAAUCGUCUCAACUCUCUUCAUCUCGUG